AUGAGUAAAAUUGAAGAAAUCAUUAAUACAGAAAUUAAAUUACAUCAACAAUUCAAAAAUGUUAAUGUUAUUGGAUUCGAUAUGGAUAUGGCAAUUGUUAGAUAUAAUAAUAAUGAAACAGCAACAUUAAUAUAUGAAUGUGUAUUAGAGCAUUUAGUUACAGUAUUCCCAUUUUUAAAAGAGUCGAAAUUGGAUUUUUCAUUUAGUAAGCGUGGAUUAGUAAUUGAUUUAGAACUUGGGUUAAUAUUAAAAUUAGAUAAUAAGAAGAGAGUUAUAAAAGCAUUUAGAGGUAAAUCAAUUGUAUCAAAAGAAGAAAUAGAUUCAAUAUAUCAUGAUGAAAAGGUAAUUGGUUCAGAAUCACCAUUGAAAGAUUAUGAUGGUAGUAAUUCAGCACGUUUCUUUACAAUGAUAUCAUUCUUUGAAACACCGAUUACAUCAGUCAUUAGAGAUUUCAUGGAAUAUCAAAAUAGUGAAUCAAUUCGUUUAGGUAAACCAAUAGAUUAUUCAACAUUCAAACAAUUGGCUAAAGAAAUUUCAAUCUCAUUCGCAAAACAUUUCAAUGACUUUACCACUGGUCAUUAUUAUACAUCAUUUAAAAAAGAUCCUUCAAAAUACAUUUACAAAGUUUCCAAUCGAUUAAAGAAUUGGUUAAUGGAAAUUCGUUCAAAAAAUAAUACAAAAGUAAUUUUAAUUACAAAUUCAAAAUCUGAAUAUUGCCAUUCUGUAAUGGAAUAUUCAUUUGGUGAAAACUUUAGAGACUAUUUCGAUUGUAUCAUCGUUGAUGCAAAGAAACCUGAAUUUUUCAAGAGUGAUAUCAAUUCAAAACCUUUCACAAAGUUAAUGACUUUUUAUCCAAAAGAGAAAUCUGAUUACAUUGAAUGCUCAAAUAUUGAACUUGGUGUUUCUCAUGAUACAAUCUUUAAAGGUGGUAAUAUUCAUUUGGUUUUAAAUAAAUUAAAAGAUCAUUUCAAAAAAGAUCAAAUUUCAUUUUGUUAUGUUGGUGAUAAUUUAAUUGGUGAUGUUGUGGCUCCAAAACAAGUUAAAUUAAUGACAGUUGCAAUUAUUGAAGAAAUUCAAGAUCCUGAUGAAAUUAUAAUUUUAAAAAGAGAAAAGAAUACAAAGAGUCAAGAAGUUCAAGUUAAUAGUGAAGGUUUAGUUGAAAGAUCAACUGGUAAAACAAAUUAUGUUUGGGGUUCAUUCUUUCAUAUUCAUGACGAUCAUGAAAAUUUAAGUAUUGAUACUUUUUGGUCAAGUAUUCUUAGAGAUAAUGCCGAUAUUGUAGUUUAUGGUGUUGAUACUUUAGUCGAAUAUUAUUAUCAAGAUAAAUUCGAUAAUAAAGAUACUUUAUCACCAUGUGCCGUUGUUUAUGGGGGUUAUUAA